AGUAUAAAACCGACUGUUGUAGUGUGCAUGUCGCGAUAAAAACGAAAUUGUUUAAACUACAAAAGUAUGUUUAUGUUUUUGUUUUUUCUACGUGUUUAUCGUGGUUAAAAUUGAAAAAUCCGAAAUGACUUCUUCUUACAAGAAAAAUUUCACAACAUUUUGUUUUCUUCACAGACUUUUAGUGAACAGUGAAUAAUGAAAUUUAUUUUGUGUAUUUUUUUAGUGGGUUUGCAAAUGAUUAAUAUUGUUAAUGGUAGGCCUCAUUCAAAAAGUUCAGAAACAGAAGCGGAUAUUCCGGAAAACUUGAAGAAAAUUGGUGCAGUUAAUAAUAAAACCAGAACAAGGAUUUUAACUCAUUCAGAAGGAUAUACAGAUUACUCAGAUCAAGAAGUAGUAUUUCCUGACUCCUAUGAAAUGAUUUUCGAACCGGUUCCAAGAAUAGAUGGUUCACCAAAAUGUGCGGACGGUUCAACAUUUUGUGAAACUUUUGAUACUUACCCAUACUAUCACCUAAAAGACAUCUUAAAGAAAAAUGAAGCUUACAAGGAUUUAUUCGGUAAGGACGAAGAACCCAGCGAAAUAACCAACCGAUUGGGAGAGGACGAGGACAUGUUUGUGUGUCGAUCAUUCGAGAGAACAAUCUACCCCAAAGUCGGCAAAAACAAAAGCAACAAAUGGAAAUUUAUCAUAAAUCAAGGCGAUUCCGAUGGAUACAUACAAGGCGUACGAGUAGAGACUUGUAGAAGUCAAGGAAGUGCUUGUGAUAUAAUAGGAGACCUGCCUAAUGGUUAUGUAACAGCGUGUAAACAAAAAUACGUUUACCGAAGGAUGUUAUCCAUAUCAGACAACGGACGUCCAUUUCCCGACACUUUUUUACUGCCAUCAGCCUGCUGUUGUGCCUACAAGAGAGACAUUGAAUUCCUGCGAAGAUUUGGAUCCAGAAAAACACCUAUAAAAUAAAUAGUAGUGCGUUCAGCAGUAAAUUUUAACGGGAUAAUUUUUAUGAUAUUAUAUGAUUUAAAAUAAAUUGUAUCUAGGUUUGCUAAUUUAUAAAUAUAUAUUUACAUUUUGAAAAUGUAAAUUCGUAUAAAGAAUUAUUUAAAUACUUUAGAUGCUUUUAGAUAUAUCUAAAAACUAAGUAUAUUUAGUUUUUUUGCAAUAUUAUGUUUUAUUCCAAAG